AUGACGGGUAUUACUAUUUCAAUCGAUAGAGGCGGUACAUUUACAGACUGUAUUGGCAACAGUGGGUCAGGUGAUCCUAAAGAUGACUUUGUAAUGAAGCUUCUAUCUGUUGAUCCUUCUAAUUAUGCUGAUUCGAAUCUCGAAGGUAUACGUAGGUUACUCGAACAUUUCACUAAACAGUCCAUUCCACGUGGUAUUCCGCUCGACACUUCGCCGAUAAAAUCGCUUAGAUUGGGUACCACCGUUGCAACUAAUGCAUUACUAGAAAGGAAAGGGUCUCGGUGUGCCCUAGUUACUACUAAAGGUUUCAAAGAUAUUUUAGUUAUAGGGAACCAAAGUAGGCCACACAUCUUUGACUUAUCUGUCUCCAGGCCCGAGAAGUUAUACGAGAGUGUAAUAGAAAUUGACGAACGUGUGACACUAGAAGACUAUGUUGAAAACCCGAAAAAAGAAACUUCAACUCCUAAUGGUGUGGACCUUGUGAAAGGUAUUUCUGGUGAAGUCGUGAAAGUUUUGAAACGAGUGGAUGUCGAAGAAGUUAAAACUAUGCUUCAGCUGUUAUACAAUCAAGGAAUCAGAUCGAUUGCAAUUUGCUUAAUGCACUCUUACACCUAUCCUGAUCAUGAGCUCAUUGUCGGUGGAAUUGCCGAGAGUAUAGGUUUCUCGAAUGUUUCUCUAUCCAGCCAGUUAAGCCCAAUGAUCAAAUACGUGAAUCGCUCAAACUCGUGUGUUGCAGAUGCUUACUUGACUCCUGAGAUCAAAGAGUACUUACAUGGUUUUGAGUCCGGACUAAAGUAUGGCUUGAAAAAAAUAGACCAAACGGAUGGUGAUGACAAUAAGGGUGUCAGCUGUCAGUUUAUGCAGAGUGAUGGAGGGUUGGUUGACGCUUCGAGGUUCUCUGGUCUUAGAGCCAUUUUGUCGGGCCCAGCUGGUGGAGUUGUUGGUUAUUCCCGUACAUGUUAUAAUCCUAAUAACCCAAUUCCACUUAUUGGAUUUGAUAUGGGCGGUACCUCUACAGAUGUUUCCAGAUUCGGGGACGGGAAAUUUGACCAUGUUUUUGAGACAACUACGGCUGGCAUAACAAUUCAAUCGCCUCAAUUGGAUAUCAAUACCAUUGCCGCAGGUGGUGGAUCAAUCCUAUCUUUUAAAAAUGGCUUGAUGCAAGUUGGUCCUGAAAGUGCAUCGUCUCAUCCAGGGCCUGCUUGCUACAGGAAGGGCGGUCCGUUAACUGUAACCGAUGCAAACUUGCUGCUUCGCCGAUUAAUUCCCGAAUACUUCCCCAAAAUUUUUGGGAAAAAUGAAGACGAGUCUUUAGAUUUGGAAGUUACCAAAGACAAGUUCGAGUUAUUAACCCGUGAGAUUAAUGCCGCUCAUGAUCACUUAGAUGAUAAAUCUGUGGAAGAAAUUGCAUAUGGAUUUUUGGAGGUUGCUUGUGAGAAUAUGGCAAGACCAAUAAGACAGUUGACAGAGGCAAAAGGUCACAUCAUUUCUACACACAGAUUGGUUUCAUUUGGUGGUGCAGGUGGUCAAUGCGCUGUUCAGGUUGCUUCCGUGCUAGGAAUCAAAGAAAUCCUUAUACAUAGAUACUCUUCGGUCUUAUCAGCUUAUGGCAUGGCUCUGGCCGAUGUUGUUGAAGAGGUGCAAGAGCCUUGUAACAUGGAAUUUACUAUUGAUAACAUUGAGAUCUUGAAUGAUAGAUUGAAAUUACUAGAAACUAAAGCAACCGGGAAACUAGGAAGACAAGGAUUUAAAUCUGAAAACAUUGAGGUUGAGGCAUAUUUAAAUCUCAGAUAUCAAGGUACCGAGUCUGCAAUAAUGGUUCCAAGAGAAGCUCAAGGUUUUCUGAAAACAUUCCAAGCUAUGCAUUUAAGAGAAUUUGGAUUUUUGUUUGAUGACAAACUCGUUGUAGUCGAUGAUGUUCGAAUCAGGGCCAGCGGUAAAGUCAAGCAAAGAUCAGAUGAAUCUGUUGAUGAGCAAAUACUAAAGCUUCACAAAGCAAACGGCUUUAAGGAGGCUGAUCCAAAGAGACUUAAAUUUGUUAGGGAUAUUUAUUGGAAGGUUGGGGACGACUUAAAAUCUAUGCCAACAGAAAUUUAUCGUUUAGAGGAUUUGAAAAAUGGAACUUUUCUUCAUGGCCCAGCAAUCAUUGCGGAUGGUACACAAACCAAUGUCAUUCCACCAGGUUCUGUUGUCACUGUCUUAAAAACACAUUUAUUUAUCCAAAUACUGGAAAAGGAUGCUAAGGGCGAUCCAAAGCAAAACUUGAUGAGUAGUGUCGAGAAGAAAGUUAUACCUGAUGAGAUCAAAAUUGAGCCUGUCCUAUUAUCUAUAUUUGCUAAUAGGUUUAUGGACAUUGCCGAGCAGAUGGGCACUUCACUUCAAAAGACAUCGGUUUCAGUCAAUGUCAAAGAAAGGUUGGAUUUUUCCUGUGCACUAUUUGAUUCUGUAGGAAAUUUGGUAGCAAAUGCUCCCCAUUUACCUGUUCAUUUGGGAUCAAUGUCUGCUUGUAUAGCAACCCAGGCAAAAUUAUGGAAGGGAAAGUUAUCGCCAGGUGAUAUACUAGUUUCAAACCACCCUUCAGCUGGAGGUACCCAUUUACCAGAUAUAACUGUCGUAACCCCAGCGUUUGAAAAAGGUGAAAUAAUUUUUUACGUUGCUUCACGUGCACACCAUGCAGAUAUUGGAGGUUUACUACCUGGUUCGAUGCCUCCAAACUCAAAAGAGUUAUGGCAAGAGGGUGCUGCCAUUUUUUCGGAGCUCCUAGUUAAAAAAGGUAAGUUUCAAGAAAAGCGGAUGGUCGAAAAACUCUUGAUAGAGCCUUCCAAAUAUCCGAACUGUUCUGGUACUCGCAGACUAUCUGAUAAUCUUUCGGAUUUAAAGGCACAAAUUGCUGCGAACCAAAAAGGAAUACAGUUGAUAAACUUACUUGUUGAUGAAUUCGGCCUUCAAACAAUCAAUGCCUAUAUGAACGCGAUACAAGAUAAUGCAGCCAGCACCGUCACUCGAAUGAUUGAUCAAUUGGUGGAUAAUGAUGAAAGUAAAAAACUCAGUUGUGUUGACUACAUGGACGAUGGUUCUCAAAUUGCUCUUGCUGUCUACAGAGAUCCUGACACAAAGAAAGUUGUAUUCGAUUUUGAAGGCACUUCACCUCAGACAUAUAAUAAUUUCAACGCUCCUACUGCAAUUACAUAUUCUGCGAUCAUCUACUGUUUAAGAUGUCUGGUUGACCAAGAUAUACCAUUGAACCAGGGUUGCCUACGCCCAAUAGAAGUGAGGAUCCCUAAAUCGUCUUUACUUUCACCUGCUGAUGGAAGCGCAGUUGUCGGUGGUAAUGUCUGUACCUCACAGAGGAUCACUGAUACUAUUUUGAAGACAUUCGAUGUCAUGGCUGACUCCCAAGGUUGUUGCAAUAAUUUCACAUUUGGUAGUGGUGGUAAUGGACCGGAUGGUAAGUACGUGCAGGGUUUUGGGUAUUAUGAAACCAUUGCCGGUGGACAUGGGGCAUCAGAAAAAUGGGAGGGUGUUUCAGGUGUUCAUACGAAUAUGACAAAUACGAGAAUCACAGACGCUGAAAUCUUUGAGAGAAGGUAUCCUAUCAUAUUAAGAGAAUUUUCAAUUAGAAAGGGAUCCGGUGGUGUCGGUAAGCACAAUGGAGGUGAUGGUGUUAUAAGAGAUGUGGAAUUUAGAAUACCUGUAACUGCCUCCAUAUUAUCUGAGCGUAGGGUCAUCGCCCCUCAUGGUAUGCAUGGAGGUGAAGACGGUGCAAGAGGAAUGAAUUUGUGGAUAAGACACACUAUCGACGGGGAUGGCAACAAAGAAGAAAGAAUUCAAAAUCUCGGGGGUCGUUCUACUGUUGAUAUUAGUGCUGGCGAUAGAAUUAUUAUCAAGACACCGGGGGGUGGUGGAUGGGGUCAUGCCAGUGAGAAAGGAAUUGAAACAACCAGAUCUCUGCCGAAUAAAAGAAAACUGCUCAAAGAUGGAGGCUCAUUGCAAAAGCGGAAAAGACAGCAAUUAGAAAGUUGA